GGCAAAGCGACAUGGAGGCUCGAGCUGCGCCGAGAUUCUGAGGGAAACAUUGUAGCAGCACCAAAGGAAAGAAAAGAAAAGAAAAAAAGAUACAGCUGUAAUCAUUUUACUCGUGUUCUGUCAGGAAAUUGAACCUUUUCAGGAUUAGUAAGGCAGAGUAAUGACAAUGCUGGGCAUGUACGUGCCAGACAGGUUCGCUCUCAAGUCCUCCAGAGUCCAGGACGGAGUCGGGCUGUACACUGCGAGACGAGUCAAGAAGGGAGAGAAGUUCGGCCCGUUCGCAGGCGAGAAGAGGAUGCCUGGUGAUCUGGACGAGAGCAUGGACCCGAGGCUGAUGUGGGAGGUUCGAGGGAACAGAGGUGACGUGCUCUACAUACUGGAUGCCAGCAACCCUCGACACGCUAACUGGCUGCGCUUCGUGCACCAGGCACCGUCUCAGGAGCAGAAGAACCUGGCUGCCAUCCAGGAUGGGGAGAAUAUCUUUUACCUUGCCAUCGAUGACAUAGAGACCGAUACGGAGCUCCUCAUUGGCUACCUGGACAGUGACAUGGAGGAGGAAGAGGAGGACGAGAUUGUCAAAGAUGAAGAAGAGGACAGCAAAGAAGCCAAAAGUGUCAGCACUCAACCAGAGUCAGCGAUAAAGCAGGAAGAUCACCCGUGUCUGCUGUGUGAGAGCAGUUUCCCCAGUGAGGAGGUUCUGGCUGAACACCUGCAGAGUUUACACCAGAGAGCCAGUGCCGAGGACAAAGAGUUCAAGUGCCGCAACUGUGGCAAAGAGUUCCCCGUUAAACAGGCACUGCAGCGCCACGUUCUCCACUGCACUGAGAGUUCUGCUUCAGCUGGAGAUGCUUCCCGAGUUCACCAGUGUGCUCUCUGUCACUGCUCCUUCAGCUCUGAGUCCAGCUUUGAACAGCACAAGGAAGCCUGUAAAGGAGAAGCCAGGUUUAUCUGUAAGGCCGAGAGCUGCGGGAAGAGAUUCAAGAGCAAAGACGCGCUAAAGAAGCACAAAAGCAACGUUCACACAGGCAGCACUCGGAGGAAGCUCAUAUGCACCAUCUGCAAUAGAAAAUGCUCGUCUUCAGUCAACCUGCAGGAGCACCGCAAGAUCCAUGAGAUAUUCGACUGUCCUGCGUGUGACAAGAAGUUCAUCUCAACCAAUCAGCUGAAGCGCCAUAUGAUCACACAUUCAGAGAAGCGACCCUACACCUGUGAGAUUUGCAACCGCAGCUUCAAGCGCUUGGACCAGGUGACAGCUCAUAAAAUCAUCCACAGCGAGGACAAACCGUACAAGUGCAAGCUGUGCUGGAAAGAAUUCGCUCACCGCAAUGUCUACAAGAACCACAAGAAGACACACUCAGAGGAGAGGCCAUUUCAGUGUGAGGAGUGUAAGGCUCUGUUCCGGACACCGUUCUCCCUCCAGCGGCAUCUCCUCAUCCACAACAGUGAGAGGACGUUCAAGUGCGACCAGUGCGACGCCACGUUUAAGCGCAAGGACACGCUGAACGUACACAUACAGGUGGUACAUGAUGGACAUAAGAAGUACAAGUGUGACCUGUGUGAGAAAGCCUUCGUCACUCCCUCCGUCCUCAAGAGCCACAAGAAGACUCACACCGGAGAGAAGGAGAAGAUCUGUCCGUACUGCGGUCAGAAGUUCGCCAGCAACGGGACCCUGAGAGUGCACAUUCGCAGCCAUACAGGUGAACGCCCUUACCAGUGCCCGUACUGUGACAAGGCCUUCAGCAAGAAUGAUGGGCUGAAGAUGCACAUACGUACACACACUCGGGAGAAGCCGUAUAAAUGCAGCGAGUGCAACAAGGCCUUCAGUCAGAAGCGAGGUCUGGAUGAACACAUGCGCACACACACCGGAGAGAAGCCCUUCCAAUGUGACGUUUGCGACCUGUCGUUCAGUCUGAAGAAGAUGCUGAUCCGCCAUAAGCUCACCCACAACCCCAACCGGCCCAUGGCUGAGUGCUCGCUCUGCCACAAGAAGUUCACCCGCAACGACUACCUCAAAGUGCACAUGGAGAACGUCCACGGAGAGACGGAGGGCUAGAUCCAGGUCACACGCCUCUGGAUACGGACCAUCUCACACAAACACACACACAUUUGUCUUACUAUCCUCGUAAAGACCUCAUAAGUAUUAUUAAUGCAGCCAAUUAACACUAUGCUACACCUAAAUUUGGUCGCUACUAAGAUAUAAAAACGCCUUACACACACAUACACACUCUUUCUCUCUCACACACAUGCUCACAUAUAGUAAAUGGUUAGAAAUUUACACACACACAUAUACACACACUGCAAAAAAUGACAGCAAGUGAAAAUAUCUUGAACAUCUAGUAUAUAGUAAUAUAUGAUUAUUAAACUUAUUUCUAGACAUUCUUUUGUAAUUUCAAGCUUGAAAUGAUCUUGUUCAAUUGACAGAUAGUUUUUUUUAUAUUUUAAACAUUUAUUUAUACCAAAAAGCAAACUUAUCUGCCCGUAAAAUAAGAAAAUUUAAAGCUUGAUAAUAAAUAAUCAUAUAUUUUUUUUUUACUUAUAAUAAUCUCAUAAUAAGAAAUAUUAGGUAAAUGUGCCUAUAUUCAAGAUAUUUUCACUUGCUAAGAGUAAUUUUUUGUAGUGAAUUAUAUAGUAUUGCAUUAUGUCAGUAUUAAAUGGUGUUUUUUUUUUGUUUUUUUUUUAUUAAAUGCAGCCCGAAUCCUCUGGAUUAUUUAUCUGUACUGUGUAGCAUUUACAGGGAGUGACCCCUGUUACAGCGCAGGACAAUCACACAGAUAUUUCAACCAGCGAGCCUCAUUUCAUAUCAGCCGGAAUGAUCGUCCUGCUAGAAAUUAAAAUAUACACAAAUUUCCCAACGAAUGUAGUCACUCAGCCAAAGAUGUUGAAUUCAUUCGCUAGCCCACUGGGCUACAUAUGGCGAGAUAGUUAGCUAGUUAAGUGUUAACUAUCAAAGUGCCUUAGAAGUGUGUUAUUCCUCAAUGAUUUUAAUUUAUGAAUGAACAACAAACUUUUAAUUGUUUAUCGUUAAAAAUAGUUAUGUUACGGAACAUUCACGAGACAAGUUAGCUCCUGUUUACGCUUACGUUAGCUCUCCUUCUGACCAAUCAGAUUCGAGAAUUCAGCUGUGGUUUUGGUGCUGUACAGGGUACAGGACGUUUGCAUCUGGCUUGCGUCUUUAUUUUCUCUCCAUUAGUUUAACCAUAAGCAGGAGGUUUACAUGACAACUUUGCGCCUGACUUUUUUUAAUUUUGCUCAACUUUGUCAGUGCUUCUUCAUACUGAAAAGAUCGUCUGUCAUCCAUGGAUGCUAUUUAAUCCAGCUAGCAAAACCGUUCUACCGUCAGACAGAUUCACAGUCGAUGUGUCUAGUGCAGCAGGUUGUGGGAUUCGGAAACUCACGCUAUAGUCACAGCAUCAAGGUGUUGCUUCAGGGAAGCACCGAGCCUUUUAAAGAAACGUCUCAUAUUUAUACCAGCUGAAAAACUUAUUUUUUUUUUAUCAUUUUUUUUCUAAAGCAUUUAACAGUGAAAGCCAUGGAGGAAAUGUAUUGUCUAUCAAACUCUUGAUAGACAGUGAACAGACAAUCAAAUGUGAACUGUCCUCAUUUAGCUCUUGAUUCGUCCAGCUUCUCAAAGAAGCUCAUAUUCAUUUUGUUGCUGUUACCAGUAUAAUAGUUUCUCCCUGGGUCAGUGAUUCAUACUUGUGAUAGUGAUGUCACUAUUUUUCCCCCUGGACAUGAAUCAUCAAAAACAUAACCCUGCACUCUUCAUGUAAUGUUUAAUUAAGUUUCUUGAGUUUUCCAGCCAAAAAUGCUUCUUUCUAAAAUGUCAGCAAGGAAUAAAACAUUUGCGUGCAUGCUGUUAUAGGAAAACAAUCAACGACUAGGUGGGGUGAUGUGGCCCAACAUGAAGUGAAUUAUUUUAUCUUUUUAUAUUUAACAUCAUUCACAUUUUUUUUGGAAUCAGUGAUUUACUUUCAGUCUAUAAUUUGGAGCAAGGUAGUUUGCCUUCAGAGUGAACUCAUCCAUCAAUAUCAUUCAAAAAAUAAAAAAAUAAAGAAGCAAAUUUCUUCUUCUCAUGGUCUUCAGGAAGAUUGAUGAGCUGUCGAACAUGUGACUUGUUAAAUAUUACUACUCUGAAGUUGAUUACUUUCUAAUAACAGCAUUUAUUCCUCUUACACCAGAGCAAUUUGCCAAAGAUUACAAUUUGGAAUUUAUUAAAGGAAGACACAUAUGUUUUAUCCAUUUAUAGUUACAUUUAAUGGCACAGUGUCAUUGGAAAGGAUGAUGUUUCAUUGCGUCCAUGUUACACCACAUGAUAAUGUUUCUCCACAUUACCUGGUGCAGAAAUAAUGAGAGUAAUGCAAUAAGAAGACUAUUUUGUGUUAUGCAGUAUUUAUGUUAAAUAUGUUACAAGGUACAGAUACAUUCCUUUAUUAAAGUGUCAGUAUUUUUGUAUGUUAUGCUUAUUAUUAUUAUUAUUAUUAUUAUUAUUACGAUUAUAAAGAGAAGAAAGUUUAUUAAUUAUUGUCGUGACCACACAAGGAGCCGGAUGCUGAUUGAUUUCCUGUAUUUGUGGCCAGUUGUAUUUCUGGAGUAUUGAAUGUUAAUGCUCAAGUGUUACACGUAUCAGAUGUUACCAUCUCAGUACCAUUUUGAUUUGUAUUUUCAUUGCCACUUUCUUCAUUCCAUUACCUGUUAUUCAAUAUAAAUAAUAAAACGAAUGCU